AUGGAACCUCAAGUUUCUGCAAAACGCUUUCUUAUGUGCCAAUACUGUAACAAGAGGGUUGACCAAAAACAUAUGACUGCAGUUCCAUAUUCUGCGAAUAUUCGAGCGAAAUGGAUGGAUAUUCUUGGCCCGAUAUUUGUCGAAAAUAUGAAGAAAUAUGAUAACAUUGGAACGGGAUUUGGGCGAAUUUGUUUGGCACAUUUUGAAGAAAAUUUUAAACGCCGAAAACCUGAACAACUUCCAAUUCGAAUGAGUGAAAAAGAAGAAGAAAUGGCUAGAGUUAAAACACAGAAAAAGUCUAUUAGCGAAGUGGGUUUUAAUAAUUUAAACACUAACGUCAUUUCAUCUCGAUUAUUUUCAGAAAUAUCAAAAAAGAAGAUGUUGUUAUUGUGAAAAAUUUUCAAAAGAACAUUGUAUGACAGCAGUUCCGGUCGAUCAAAAUGUUCGUGAAAAAUGGAUUGAGAUCCUUGGAGAAAGUUUCGCCAAAAAUUUGGAAAACAUUAAGAAAGCUGUGAUUUGUCUCACACAUUUCGAAGGAAAUUUGAAUCAUCGAAAAAGAUAUCAAUUACCUGUUAGAAUGAAUGAAGAAAAUGAAAAGAAAGAAGAAAAAGAAAAAGAAAUGAAAGUAGAUCAAUUUGAUGAAGAUGAAGAGGAAAAAGAGGAAGAGGAGUAUGAAAUUGAAACAAUUAAUGAAAAUCCAAGAUUUGAAAAUGCGCCAGAAAAUGUACCGCAAAACGAGAAAGUAGAUAAUCAAGUUGAAAUUAGCGUAAGUUUUUUUUUGGAAAUAAAAAUUGUUUAUGAAAAUGAAUGUUUUCAGCAAAGUAGAAGCAGAAGAGAAAGAAUUUAUCGAAUGUAUAAUGAAGAAUUGGAAAAUAUGGAUUAUGAAGAGGAAAACGGAGAGUUUAUUAAUGAUAAAAAUGAAAUUGGAUUAUUGAGAAUCAAAAAAGAAGAACCGGAAAUUGUGGAAAAUGAGCGGGUUGCGGCAAGUUGAACUAUAUUUCUUGAAAUAAUUAUGUACUUCUAUAAAUACAUUAUUUCAGAUAAAUCAAUCGAUUCAAAUGAAUUUGAUGGCGAAUGAAAUUGAAAAACCAAACGAGGAACUGGAAAUGAAGUUUGAAAUAAAUCGAGAACAAUCAUCGAACAUUUGCCGCAUUUGCAAUGUAAUAUUCAACUCAUCAAGUGAGAAAAGAGAGAUUCCAAAGAAAACCAGGGAAUUCUUACAAUGGUCGAAAGUGUUUGGUCGAAAAUUCAGAGAAAAUAUUUAUGAUAAUUUUGAACCGCAUUUUAUUUGUAUUUCUCAUGUGAGGAACACUGGAAAUUUGGUUGAGUUUACUUUUUAAUUAUUUUUUGUUGUUGUUGUUAUUCUGCUUUUUAAAUAUCAAAUGGUCGAAAGUAUUUGCCAAAAAGUUUUUGGAAACGCAAAGCCACAUUUUAUUUGUAUGUCUCAUCUUUUUGAGAAAAAUUGUUGAAUUUGUAAUGUUUAUAAGAAUAAUAAAGUUUUGUUUGAAUAAUUUAAAAUUGUUUUUGAAUACGGUUCGGACCGGUAUUAUAUUCUCUCCCUUAUAAAACGAAAAAAUUUAUAAAUGCGGAGUACUGUAGGUUGAUGUGUGUCUGCGUUUCUUUCUGCAAACACCACACACAUUGACGACAUAUUAUUUUCUUUUUUUCUGAAUAGAAAAAAAAUGGGUUCCUCUCUUUAUUAUAACACUUUCAGAACAAAUUUCAAUUCUUAUGGAGACUGAAAUUCUCAGAAGAAAGUCGCAUCGUAAAGUAACAUGUUGUUAUUGUCAAAAAUGUGUCGACCAAGAAUAUACAACUGAAGUUCCAUAUCUUCCGAAUAUUCAAGCAAAAUGGAUUGAAAUUCUUGGCCAACAGUUUGCUGAAAAUUUGGAGAAAUUCCAUCAAAAUGGAUCGAAGAAUUUUGGUCGAAUUUUUAUGAGACAUUUUGAAGGGGAAAACAAACAGCGAAAAAUGAAUCAACUUCCAGUUAAAAUGCGUGAACAUGAAGGGAACACGAGAAAAAAGAAGAUGAAACAUAUUGAUGUGAGUUUCAAUUAUAAUUUUUUUUGUAUAAAACUAUAUCAUUCCCCCUUUUUUCAGGUAUAUUCGAAUACUUUCCACAAAUGUUGUUAUUGUGAAAAGAAAAUGGUGAAACAAAAUGAUAUGACUCGAGUUCUAUUGGUUCCAAAUGUUCGUGAUAAAUGGAUCGAGAUACUUGGAAAGAGAUUCGCUGAAAAUUUGAAGAAAAGCAAAUAUGCUUUCAUUUGUCUAACACAUUUCAAUGGAUUCGUUAAAGGUCUAAGAAAUCGAUUACCUGUUAAAAUGGAGGAAGGAAAUGAGAAUGAAAAAGAGGUAGAAGACGAGGAAGAGGAAAAGGAAGACGAAGAGGAGGAUUUCGAAAUAAUUUAUGAAAAUACUGGAAAAAAUCAUUUAUUGGCAAAUGUAGUGAAAAAUGAACAAGUUGAAAUUAUUGUAAGUUUUUGGGAAAUAAAUUAGAAAUUUUGUAAAAUGAAUGUUUCCAGCAAAGAAACUGUCAUCAUGGAGAACUUGAAGAAAUGGAUUAUGAAAAUCAAAUAAAUGGUCAAGUUGAAAAUUCACUGGAAAUGGUAUGAUUUUUGUUUUUUUUUUCAAAAAUAUCAUUCAUUUUUCAGGACAACGAUGUGGUGGAAAUCGAGAAAAAUGGAUUAUUGACAGUUAAAAGAGAAAAAGGGCGAAUUUUUUGAGACGGAAAAUCGACAAAAUUGUCGAAUUUGUGAAAUAGAAUUGAAAACUUCAAUCAAAACAAUCGAAAUUCCAGAAAAUACUGAUGAAUUUAUCAAAUGGUCGAAAGUUUUUGGCAAAAAGUUUUCGGAUAACAUUUUUAAAAACUCAAAACCUCACUUUAUUUGUAUGACUCAUGUUUUUGAGAAAAAUUGGGAAAGUUGUUGAAUUUUGAAAUUUUUAAAAUAAUAAUAAAAAUAUUUUUGAAAUAUCUUUUGAAUACGGUUUGAUCCGAUAUUAUUUGUGAACUUUUUAUAUUUUUGUAAUUUCAAUAUAAGUUAGGAAACUGGAAUGGCAAAUCAAGAAAUUGGAAGAUUAUCGAAACCAAGAGCACAUCCAAACACAAAACAAUUUAGAUGUUGUUAUUGUGAAAAAUCAGUAGAACGAAAAUAUACGACUAAUGUUCCAACAUCUCCUGAAAUUCGUGUACAAUGGAUUUUGAUUCUUGGACCACGAUUUGCUGAAAAUGUUAAUCAAUACAAUAAAAAUGGAGGUCGAAUUUGUAUCACACAUUUUAGUAGAAAUUUCGCAAAUCGAAGAAAGUAUGAACUUCCGAUUCGAAUGGAUGAAGAAGAUUUUGAAAAAGAAACAAAUGAUGAUAAAGUGAGUUAUAAUUAGAAUAAAUCCUUUUUAAAUAUAAAAUUUUCAGCCAUCUGCCUUUCGAAAAUGUUGUUAUUGCGAGAAAAGUGUGAAACAAGAAGAAACGACACGUGUGCCGUCUAUUCUGAGUGUUCGUCAAAAAUGGAUCGAUAUCCUUGGAAAUCGUUUUGCCGAUAAUUUGGAAAAGAUUAAAAAUGCUUGUAUUUGUCGAACACAUUUCAAAAGAUACCUUAAAUAUCAAAGAAAUCAAUUACCAGUUAGAAUGGAGGAUUUCGAAAUAAUUGAAGAAGUUUGUUUUUUUUUUUUGAUUUUUUAAAAAAUAUCAUACAUUUUUCCAGGACAACGAUGUGGUAGAAAUUGAACGAGAAGUACAACGACACAUUUUUGAGACAAAUCAAAUCGGGACUGGAAAUCGACAAAAUUGUCGAAUCUGUAAAAUUGAAUUGGGCAGUUCAAUCAAAACUAUUCCAAUUCCAACAGAUGCUGAUGUUUUUAUCAAAUGGUUAGAAGUUUUUGGUAAAAAGUUUUCGGAUAAUAUUUUAAGAAACUCAAAACCUCAUUUUGUUUGUAUGUCUCAUGUUUUUAGGAAAAAUUGGGAAAAUUGUUGAAUUUUGUAAGGAAUAAUAAAGUUUCAAAUUUUUUAAAAUAUCAUUUGAAUACGGUUUGAUCCGAUAUUAUAUGUAAAUUUUUUAUUAGUGUAAUUGAAUAUAAAAGUUGAGGCUGGAAUGACACAUCAAGAAAUUGGAGGAUUAUCGAAACAGAGAUCACCUGCAAACACGAAUAAUUCAAGAUGUUGUUAUUGCGGAAAAUUGACUGAACAAAGAUAUAUGACUAAUGUUCCAUCAACUUCCGAAAUUCGUGUACAAUGGAUAGAAGUUCUUGGACCACGAUUCGCAGAAAAAAUUAAAAAAUACAAUAAAAAUGGAUCUUUUUUUGGCCGCAUUUGUAUGACACAUUUUGAAGGAAAUAUCACAUUUCGAAAUAAGCAUGCACUUCCGAUUCCAAUGGAUGAAGAAGAUUUUGAAAAAGAAAAAGAGGAAAUUGGUAUUGGUAAAGUGAGUUAAAUAAGAAAACACUAUUUUUUUUAAAUGUAAACUCGAAUAUUUUCAGCCAUCUUCACAACGAAUUAGAACAUGUUGUUAUUGCGAGAAAAGAGUUAGACAAAUAGAUACAGUACGAGUUCCGCGUAAUCAAAAUGUUCGAGAAAAAUGGAUCGAGAUCCUUGGAGAUCGUUUUGCCGAAAGUGUCAAAAAAUUAAAAUAUUCUGUCAUUUGUUCCGCCCAUUUCAAAGGAUUUGUGAAGCAUCGAAAAAAACAAUUUCCAUUUAGAAUGAACGAUGAAAAGGAAGAGGGGGAACUUGAAAUUGGAUUUGAUAAUUCAUUAGGAAAUCUUCCAAAAAAUGAAAAAGAAGAUUUUCAAUUUGUAAGUUUUUUGGAGAUACAAAUCUCCUUGAUAAAAAUGAUUGUUUUCAGGAGAGAAAUAUCAAUGAAGAAUUUGAAAAUAUGGAUUAUGAAGAGGAUCAAGAAAAAUUCAUGGUUGAUCACCUGGAUUCAAUCAAAAAUGGAUUAUUGGAAGUUAAAAGAGAAGAGCCCGAAACAAUUGAAAUGGAUGCAUUGUUGCCAAUAAAACUUGAAAAUCCAAACAGUUUCUGCCGAUUUUGUGAAACUGAAAUAAGUUCAGUUGAAAUUAUUGAAGUUCCAAAAAAUGCUGAAGAUUUAUUGAAAUGGUAUGAAAUUUAUGGUGAAAAAUUCAUAGAAAAUAUCGCCAAACAUCCAGAACCACAUUUUAUUUGCAUGUCUCAUGUUUUUGAAAGAUAUUUGGAACAUUUUUGA